GAUACUAGAAUUAUUUCUUUCAUUGUUCAGUUUGUAGUGAUUUCUUGUGUUGGAUUUUGGAGUUCUUGGAGUCCUGUUUUAAGAGAUGUUGUCAAGUGACGAUGAUUUUCCAAUGUGCGCGAAACAGUCCGAGAAAGUCCUCAGAUCUGUACAACUAUUUUUGUACUCAACUUCACCUAUGAAGCACAUCUUCAGUCGAUAUUUUGACUUGUUGAUCUUUCUCGCAGUUGUCUGCGCGUAUAAUUCGGUAAAAUUCAUACUAACCGCUUCCACAGUUGUGUAGGAAUCAGUGAAUGAACGCUGGGUUGAACGUCGGCGCCUCUGUGUUUUUACGUUACUCAAACAAUUCGACCUUUCAAACUUAUUACUGUUCUCCCUAGUGCUCACUGGUGCAAUUCUUGCACGCUGUGUGGUCAUAAGACCAGAUGCAUGAUUUUUUUAAGCCUCCCGGCAACAGUUCCUGUCGUAAAAACUCACGAAUAAAUCAUAUGAAAGUCCUUCAUACCCAGAGAUUCGGUCAAUUCCUUCCAGUCCUAUCGCCUUUAUAUUGAAUGUUUGCAGCUUUGAUACGUUCCUACUGCAAUGACGCAAGUCCUUUCUUGUCAAAUGGGAUCUAGACCAUGUAUGAUGUUACUGGUAUUAGACACGGAAAGGACUUUGUAAGAAGUAACUUGCAUUUUGUUUUAGCGAAUUUAUUUUAGGGCAUUACUGGUUAAAGACUGACUAUUGGGCAAGCUUGGAAUCAAACGCGUGGUGGAAGACAUUGUUGUGCCCCCCCUAAAAUAAGCGAGCCAACGAGUUGGUGCUCAAAACAUCGUACAGGACUCAUCACGUACGAUUCUAAGGCGAGAUUCUUGGAUUUUGCUUUUGCCUGGAAUCUAUCGGAUGGAUAAGCAAAGGUACAGUGCGCUCCGAAAGGAAGAGUUGGGAAGUUGUAAAGUGUGCGGCAGAGAAAAAAUAUAUAAACGAGGGUUAUAGAAGUAAUGUGUUGUUAAUUGACAAACAGCCACUUCUUUUUAAAUCAACUCGAGAAUCCCAAGAUAACUCAUCCAUCUCAAACAGUUGAAGAUCCGUUCUUAUCAAAAUGUCGAGUAAUAAUCCUACAUAUCAGAAUCAAAACUCCAGCGGAUCUGACCAAAAUCCUCAAUACACUCAAUAUCAGCAACCGCAAGGUUACCAGCGACACUCUGAAGGAUACCAACAAUCCACCUACCAAGAACAGUCAUACCAGCAAGAUCCAUAUGCCCAAUCUUAUUCCACACAACCUCAAACCCAACAACUCGUCCACCAAAAUCCGUCUUACCAAACUGGUCAGUACCAGCAAACUACCCACCAGAGUACUCCAAACACAUGGACUCCACAAUACAAUCAGCAACAAGACUUCCAGACACAAUAUCAAACCAUGCAGCCUGCACCGCUUACACAACAUUCGCUUCAAAGUCUGCCGGCCCCUGGUAGAGACAAUAUGAAUGUGUAUUUGGGAAAUGAUCAGAACUUCGAGAGAGUGCCGCAAGGAUUGGAUACGAGACGUGAAGCCGGACUCCAAGAAUGGGAAAGAGGUUGGAACGCUGCAGGGCGAAGAUGAAUAAGGCUAGCGCUGGGUGUUUCUCGUUUUUUUAUUUUUUAUUUUUUAUUUUGGAUUGUCUUUGGGUGAGCGGGAAUGGUGGAAAUAAUUUGUGAUGACGGAAUUACAAUGAUGAUUGAUGGGUUGAAUAACGAGGGUUUAAUUUAAUGUCGAAUCUCGCGCAGAGAAAGAAGUGUGUUGAAAGAUUAUUGUGUGCAUGUGCGGCUUUGGGGAAGCGUGGACAAUAUAGUUUAAUUCA